CGGGGCAUAAUUAACUACUUGAAAGCCCAUGGAAAAGAAUCCCAACGACUAAAAUACAGAAGCAUAGAACGUACAUUUGGUAAACACAGCAGGAAAUGCGAUGCUUGUAUCAAGACAACAAUUCUUGUAUAUUUAAGGGCGCUGUUUUGAGGCAAUAUCAACCAUUGUCUAUGCUGUUUCCGUGGGAGGCGCCCUGUAGUAGAGACCGAUCUUCUUUUCGAAUCUUUUGCCUUCCACCUAAUGCAUUCAAUCACAGAAGCAGUAUGAUGUGUUCGUUGACAGGGUUACUAACAGUAUUUCUCUUCUGUCAUCUUAGAAAUUCGUCUCAUAUUACCUGUUUCGAUGCAGUCACACAUCCGUAGGCCCGAAUGGCGCUUUCAACAACCACAUCCAGAUCCUUGUCCUGCUCAGCGCUAGAGCCUUCUAGAUCAAGUAGCUUAAGGCAAACCCAAUUCCGGCCUUCGGGCUUCUGUGCGAGAUGUG